AUGCGUUUUCAGAGAUUCGACUCACCCCCGGAAGUCACGAUGAGCCUCCUCGUCCUCUUCUUCCUGUCAUUUGCUGCCUGUGCUUCCCCAGUUUCAGCUUCUUGGUCGGUCACUUACCCGGACACUCUGUCGGCUGUCCAGGGUUCUUGUGCCGUGCUCCCCUGCACGUUCACCUUCCCAAGUGGAGUUUCCGACGCCGAUGGGAUCGUGGCCAUCUGGUUCAAAGACAUGGAUAAGCAGCCGAUCACCGUUUUCCACUCCAAGUCUCCGGAGACAAUCGAUGCUCGCUUUCAAAGCCGCGCUGAACUGCUGGGUGACCCCCUUAAACGCAACUGCACCCUGCUCCUGCGACACUUGACGAUGGAAGAUGUUGGCAAGUAUUCCUUCCGGUUCGAAGUGGUCAAUGCGAAUCGUUGGACGGAGAAGAAGCAGCUCCAGCUGACCAUCACUGAUAAUCCUGAUACACCCACCAUUGCUGCCCCCGGAGACCUGAAGGAAGGAGUUCUGGAGACCUUUAAGUGUUCCAGUCCAUACGUCUGUCCCUAUGACCACAGCUCCCUGAGAUGGUUUGGCUAUGACCCUGAGAUCUCAAGUGUAUCUGGAACAGUCCAGUUGGACACCACGGCAGCCAUCUCUAAGCAAACCCUCCAAACGACACUGACCUGGAAGAACCACCAACAGAAGUUGGUCUGUGAAGUGUGGGUCGGGACCAAGAAGGCCAGAGGGGAAGUUAUUCUCCAUGUAGGACAUGCCCCCAAAGGCCUCCAGGUGACCCUCGAGCCCCCCUCGAAGAACAUCCGGGUGGGAGAAACCGUGUCUCUAAUUUGCAAUGUCAACAGCAGCUACCCAGAACCCACGGCCUUCCGGUGGUUCAAGGAUGGCAUCGCCUGCGGGACUGAGAAGGUGAAGAUCAUCCAGCGUGCUUCCCUGAAGGAUUACGGACGCUACCAUUGCGAGGCAGAAAACGCACUGGGCACCGGGUUGGCUGAAGGGGUGCCGCUCCCCAUCUUUGCUGCUGUGCUAUCAGCCAGUCCUUCCUCCAGCAUCAGAGAAGGUGAGAUGGUCACCUUGACUUGUGAAGUCCCUGGAGAAGACCUUCAGGAGAUCCACUACAGCUGGUUCAAGAACAACAUCUGGUUCAAGGAAGGCUCUGCCCGCAUCCUGACCUUACAGGAAGCAACUGCCGGCGACACGGGCUACUACACCUGCAAAGUCCAGAACAAUAAAGGAAGCGAGACCUCUUCCAUCCUCAGCUUAACCGUCUUCUAUCCUCCUCGGUCUCCGUCCCUGGCCUUGUUCCAGGAGACCCAGAGGGGCCAGCUAGCCAUCGUCCAUUGCACGGUGGACAGCAACCCCCAGUCCACGCUGAACCUUUACCGGGAGCAGCAACUCCUGGCUACCACCAGUUCCCACUCGGCGCCCAACCAACGGAUCGGCAUCGUGGCCACACGCAACUCCUUGAAGCUGGAGAUCCAGAAGAUCACACCGGAAGAUGAGGGAGAGUAUCAAUGCGUGGCCACCAACAAGUACGGGAAUGCCACCACCUCCAGCUUCUUCAGGAGCCAAACGGCCAGGGUGGUGGCCAGCCCCUCCAACAAGCUGGUUGAAGGCCACCGAGUCACCCUGACCUGCGUCACCACCGUGGGGAGCGAAGAAGACCCCACCACGUACACUUGGUAUAAGAAUGCCAAGUGGCUAGAGCAAGGCCAGAAGGACAGCCUGGUCCUCUCAGCAGUGGCCAGAGAAGAUGCUGGGACCUUCCACUGUGUGGCCGAGAACAAGAAAGGAAGCCACAUCUCACCCCCCAUCACUCUGCACGUGCUCUAUGCUCCAAGCCUGCCCGUGAUGACCUCUUUCCUGGAGACCCAAGGUGGACACCUGGGCAUCAUCCAGUGCACAGUGGACAGCGACCCUCCCUCGGAGAUCGCUCUGUACAAGGGCGACAUCCUCGUGGGUUCCAACAGCCUCGUCCAGCUGGUCACCGACCCCAGAAUCCGGGUGACCUCCUCGCCUAACGCCCUGAAGGUGACCAUCCAGGAGCUGAGGUUGGACGACGAAGGAGAAUACGUGUGCUCGGCUCAAAACCGCUACGGAGAGACCAUGACCACCAUGGAGUUCACUGCAGAAACCGCCAGCAUCUCCAUCACCCCGUCUCCGGAGGUCCACGAAGGUGACGCCGUCCGUCUCUCCUGUACUCUCAGCGGGAACCUCCCAGCCUCGGCCAACUUCUCCUGGUUCAAGGAAGGUCUCCUUCUGCCGGGGGUCUUCGGGGAUUCCCUGCUCUUGGAACACUCGGCCGUGAGGGACGCCGGAGCAUACAAAUGCCGAGUGGAAUAUCCCGGAGCCAGCAAGAUCUCCAGCUCAGCCUCACUCUCUGUGUUGUAUGCCCCGAGGAAUCUCCGGGUGUCUGUUUUCACGGAGAGCGAGCGGGGAACCGUGGCCAUCUUCCAGUGCUCCGUGGACAGCCAUCCUCCAGCCACCUGGGUUCUGCGCAAAGGAGAUGUCGUCUUGGCCAGCAGCCACCCAAAGAACGAUUCGGCCUCUCAUCGGAUCAGCGUCACAACCGGACCCAACACCAUGCGAGUGGAGAUGUCGAGGGUUGUGCCGGAAGACGAAGGGACCUACAACGUUACGGCCACCAACGCGCACGGCGCCGCCUCCAGACAGCUGUACUUCCGGGUGCAAACGGCCUGGAUUCUGGUCAGCCCAUCCCCCGUGGUGCUGGAAGGGGAGCAGGUCAGCCUCACCUGUGACGUGAUGGGAAGCCUCCCAGAGGAUGCCAGCUUCUCCUGGUACUGGAACAGCAAGCACCUCCAAGGGCUCACCGACGGCACCCUCACCUUCCAGGCCGUAAGCCCCCAGGACGCCGGAGCCUAUUACUGCAAAGCCCAGACCGCUGAUGGGAACAGCCUCAGCAUCUCCCCGUCCGUCAGUCUAACCGUGUUUUACCCCCCUCGGAAGCCCCAUGUCACAGCUUUCCUCGAGACACCAAGCAGCCGAGUCGCCGUCCUUCACUGCACGGUGGAGAGCAAUCCCCAAGCCCAGCUGUCCCUACGCAAAGGCCAGGAGCUCUUGGCCACCAGCACGGACUCCAGUCUUGGCCACCCGCAGCGAGUCAAGAUUUCCCCCACGUACAACAGCCUGAGAGUGGAGAUUUGGGACGUGGUGAUGGAAGACGAAGGGGAAUACGCCUGUUUGGCCAGCAACCGAUACGGCAACGAGAGUGCCCAGAUCACCUUCAGAGCGGAGGCCGCAAAACUAUGGAUUUCUCCUCCAGACGUCCUGGAAGGGAAUUCUGUCAACCUGACCUGUGCCAUUGACUCGGAUGCCGUCGGGGAGAUGCACUAUGUCUGGUUUAAGAACAGCGAGUGGUAUGCAGAAGGCCUGGUCCAGACUCUGAUGUUCCACCAGGCGGCCAUAGAAGACGCCGGCACCUACUACUGCACCGCCCACACGCGGGAAAGGAUGCGCAAUUCCUCCUUAAGCACCUUGAAUGUCCUCUAUCCACCCAGGAAUGUGCUGGUCAAGUCCUUCUUGGAGAUCCAGAAAGGCCAGGUGGCCAUCAUCCUGUGCACCGCUGACAGCAACCCGCCUUCCGUGCUUUCCCUUCGUCGUGAUGACCAAGUCUUGGCGUCCACCACCUCCAAAGUCCGUGGGGCGCCAGGCCUGAAGCUGAGGGCUGCUUCCUCCCCAAAUUCCUUGAGGCUGGAGAUCCGAGACGUCAACCUGAAGGAUGAAGGGCGCUACGAAUGUUGGGCGAGCAACUCUCUUGGCCAAGCCCAGGCGUCAUUCAACCUCUCCGUGGAGACUAUAAGGCUGGUGAUCGAGCCCGCCCCAGAUGUGCACGAAGGGCAGCGUGUCUCUCUGACCUGUGAAGAUGCCAACUUCCAACCGUCGGCCCUCUACACCUGGUACAAAGAUGCCAGGUGGUUGGCAGAAGGUUCGGCCACUUCCUUCCUGCUCCGAGCUGUUACCCCCCAGGACAUGGGAUCCUACUCUUGUCAGGCUCAAGACGAAAGGGGCAUCAGGAUGUCUCCACCCGUCGCUCUCUAUGUGCACCAUGAGCCCAAGAAGGUCACCCUUACCUCCUUCCUGGAAAGCUCCUCGGGCAACCAGGCGGUCCUGCGGUGCGCCGUGGAGAGCUACCCGGCCUCGGAGCUGACCCUCCACCGGGGAAACGUGUUGGUGGCGGCUUCCAGCAGGCACUCGGGGCACCUGCCCGCUCAACGGUACGUUGUCCACGCCUCUCACAACGUCCUGAGAGUGGAGAUCCAGAAGGUCCUUCAGGAGGACGAAGGGCAAUACCUCUGUCUAGCUAAGAACGCCUACGGGACGUCUGCAGCCUCCAUCCACCUCAGGGUGCCGAGUGCAAGAAUCACCGUCGACCCAUCGCCGGAUGUCCCCGAAGGCACUCCGGCUAACCUGACCUGUGAGAUUGCCAGCCAGGGGGUGGGCCCCAUGAAUUACACCUGGUUCAAGAACAGCCAGUGGCUUUGGGAUAGCCCCGAUCCGUCCCUCCUGCUGAGCCGAGUGACCAGGGGUGACACAGGGGCCUACCACUGCCAGGCGACCGGAAGGACCAGCAGUCUGACCUCGGCCAUUGUCCUUCUGAAGGUGCACUAUGCCCCUGAACGCCCCUCCAUGAACACUUACCUGGACGUUCAGAACGGGAGGUUGGCUAUCAUCACCUGCCAAGUGGAGAGCUACCCACCUUCCAAUUUGACCAUUUCCAUGUACAAAGGCGGUCAACACCUGCCUGUCAGCACCAAAGGCUUCUCACCAGCUGGUCAGCGUUUCCACACCUUCUACUCGUAUAACAGGCUGAGGCUGGAGAUUCGGAACCUCACGGGAAAAGAUUCGGGAGAUUUUGUGUGUCAAGCUAACAACGUCUGCGGCAAUGCAACCAGCAGCAUCGCCUUCAAUGCAGGAGUGAUCUCUGAACUGACCAUCUACAAGAUUUUGACUUGGAUAGCCUUUGCCGUGAUCAUCAUAGCUGCUCUGAUCGUCGUCCUGAUCUUUGGCGUGCAACAGAACAGCUCCCGGAUAUAUCAAAAGUGGAUCACAUGGACAAAAGAGAAGAACAACAAGGAAGAGGUGCGGCCUGAUGGAAACAUAGAAGAAGAAGUUCAGUUGAACGUGGAGGCCCCUGACACUCCUCCUGCUGGACAGCCCUGCUUGUCCUAUAGAAGGCUACUCCGGAAGGCUGGCCCCGUCCCGAAAGAGGCUGUGUCUGAGGCUGUAUCUGAGGCUGUGUCUGAGGCCAGCUGUACAAGCACCAUGUGAAUGUACCAAAGAGGACCUCCAGAUGGGUGUACAAGCGAGACAACCCAGGGCUGAUCAGGAUGGACAAAGAUUGCGGGGUGGAAGACGUACUCUCUGUCUGGAAACCUUUUCAAUCCUGAGUUCAUCCUUGCCCAAAGACUCCCUUUGCCUCCCUCCCGAGCGCAACAGGGUUGGCCAAACGCAACGAUUUUCACCCAUGCAAAUUGUCCACUUCCAAAUUCAACAAUUUUCUGUUGUUGUUGGGUUUUUUUAUUAUUGUUUUAAACGAGAGCCCCUUUCGGUCCCACGUCGAAGCACCAGGCGAGAAAGCCGGAGGCCGUGAGUUGUAGCAUCGUCCUGCUGGGUGACUUUGGGCCAAUCAUUAGGAGGUUAUGAGU